AUGGAUCUACAUCCACCUUCGGGAGAGAAUUAUGCUCAUCCUCAGAUAUGCUUCUUUCACGUGCUUUUUAAGGGUGCUGCCUUGGCAUUUUAUAUUCUUUCAGCUCUAUUUGUGGAUAGUUUCGUGAUCAUAUUUGUGGUCACAGUACUUCUUGCUGCACUUGAUUUUUGGGUUGUCAAGAAUGUAAGUGGCCGUAUCUUGGUGGGCCUUAGGUGGUGGAACGAGAUUAAUGAUAAUGGUGAAAGUGUGUGGAAAUUCGAAUGCCUUGACCAAGAGUCGAUGGCUCGAAUGAACAAGAAGGAUUCGUGGCUUUUCUGGUGGACCUUAUACCUUACAGCCGUCGCGUGGAUCUUUUUUGCUAUUUUCUCUCUGAUUAGAUUUCAAGCUGAUUAUCUUCUUGUUGUUGGUGUAUGUUUGACCCUUAGCAUCGCAAAUAUCAUUGGCUUUACUCGAUGCCGCAAAGAUGCUAAGAAGCAACUUCAAGCAUUUGCCACACAAACACUUGCUUCUCGUGUAUCGUCGACCAUUCAGUCAGCUUUUAGUGUUGUUUAA